CCCAAGGGGAGUCUAAAGAUCACUUUCUGCUGUCCUGCCCGGCCCCAAGUCACCCAAACUUCCCUUGUCCGCCGCCAGAGGACACCAGCUGGUGAGAUUUGGCAACAGGUCGUCUCUGAUGAGCCUUGACCUACAUGCCGGGUUCGCAGUUGUGCUUUAUUUUUGGCAUGUGGCAAAGGAGCAAAGCCUGUAGGAGAAGCAGCAAGAUAUUCUAUCUGGUCAGGAGUGUCUGCUCGGGGCUACUUCAGUCUUCUGCUGUUUCCUCUCCACGGGCGACUCUGGAACCUUCAGAAUUCUGGCCACUUGCACGCAAAAGCUUUGAAAGUCUGAAUCUGAGGGCUUCCCAGAAGAAGAAACCAAGACAGAAAAUUUGGGGAAACUACAUUAAAGGCGCUUCCGAGUCCCCCCCAGCCGCUGAGCAUGACGUGGGACGAGGCCCUGCCGGACUCACACUCUGCACAGAGCUUCUACGAGAACUAUGAGCCCAAGGAGAUCCUGGGCAGGGGUGUUAGCAGCGUCGUCAGGCGCUGCGUCCACAAACCCACCCGUCAGGAAUAUGCCGUGAAGAUCAUCGACGUCACCGGUGGGGGCAGCUUCAGCUCCAAGGAGGUGCAGGAGCUGCGCGAGGCCACGCUCAAGGAGGUGGACAUCCUGCGCAAAGUCUCGGGUCACCCCAACAUCAUCCAGCUGAAGGACACUUACGAGACCAACACUUUCUUCUUCUUGGUGUUUGACCUGAUGAAGAAAGGGGAACUCUUCGAUUACCUCACUGAGAAGGUGACCCUCAGUGAGAAGGAAACCAGGAAGAUCAUGAGAGCCCUGCUGGAGGUGAUCUGCACCUUGCACAGACUCAACAUCGUGCAUCGGGAUCUCAAGCCUGAGAACAUCCUCUUGGACGAUGACAUGAACAUCAAGCUCACAGACUUCGGUUUUUCCUGCCAGCUGCAGCCAGGAGAGAAGUUGCGAGAGGUCUGCGGGACCCCCAGUUACCUGGCCCCGGAGAUCAUUGAGUGUUCCAUGAAUGAGGACCACCCGGGCUACGGGAAGGAGGUGGACAUGUGGAGCACCGGGGUCAUCAUGUACACCCUCCUGGCCGGCUCCCCGCCCUUCUGGCAUCGCAAGCAGAUGCUGAUGCUCAGGAUGAUCAUGAGCGGCAGCUACCAGUUCGGCUCUCCGGAGUGGGACGAUUACUCGGACACCGUCAAAGACCUGGUUUCCCGCUUCCUGGUGGUGAGCCCGGAGGGCCGCUGCACGGCAGAAGAGGCCUUGGCGCACCCCUUCUUCCAGCAGUACGUGGCGGAAGAAGUGCGGCACUUCAGCCCCCGAGGCAAGUUCAAGGUGAUCCUUCUCACGGUGCUGGCCUCCGUGCGCAUCUACUACCAGUACCGCCGCCUCAAGCCUGUGACCCGAGAGAUCGUCAUUCGAGACCCCUAUGCCCUCCGCCCGCUGCGGCGCCUCAUCGACGCCUACGCCUUCAGGAUCUACGGCCACUGGGUGAAGAAGGGGCAGCAGCAGAACCGGGCAGCCCUGUUCGAGAACACACCCAAGGCUGUGCUCCUCUCCCUGGCCGAGGACGACUACUGAGGGGCGGCAGGCCAGGUGGGCUGGGGGCGGUGAGAGGGGUGAGGCGGCUGCCCCGCGCAGUGCAGGACCCGCACGUGGGGUGAGAAUAACAGACUGGGGGACCCGCCCAUACAUGAUGUGCCGGACCCUGGAGGAGACUGUAUGGCUCCAGCACCCGGCGUGGGCACAAGGAGGACCUUCUCCAGGACUGCGUUAGGAGAAUCACAGGGAAGCCCCUCGGGGGUCUUUCGGGAGCACUAUUCGAGACUCCUCCGGACACACAGUUCUGC